AUGCUAUCCUCGCUGCAACUUGUGCCCCCAGCUGCUGUAAUCCACAGCGCAGUCCGGGCAGCAGCUCCUCCACUAACACUGGCUCUCACCAGAGCCCUCACCAGCACAACACGCCGUAUUGCGUCACAGGCACCAAGAGCGGUACACAACUCAACCCCCCGCCUUCACCCCCGCCUUGCAAACCCGCCAACCUCGCACCACCCUCCCAAGAUUCCCGGCUACCGCCGCCUCAAAACAACCAACACCCUCUCCCCCUUCUUCUCCAGCAACCAACCCCCACUGGGCGACCUCCCUUCCUCCACCUCCUCCUGGCGGCCCCCUCCGCCCUCCUCCCUCGACGAGCGCCCCGUCCUGAUCAUUGGCGCUGGCUCCAUCGGCCGCCGAGUAGCCCUGAUAUGGGCCUCCAACUCCCGCCCAGUUACCCUCUACGAUGUCUCCGAUGACGCCCUCAAGUCAGCGACAGAAUACCUUACUGAUAACCUCGGCGAGUAUUGCGCUGCGAGAGGUACCCACCCCGGGCAUGUCUACAUCACCUCCAAUAUCCGAGUAGCCACCACCACCGGCCGUCACGAGAGCGCACCUCCGCCAUCAUGUCCCGCAGAGGAAGCAGAGCUCGAGAGUGGCAGCAAGGGCCCCUGGUUGGCGAUUGAGUGCCUCCCCGAGAACCUCAGUCUCAAGGUCGAUGUUCUUUCGUUGGCCGAGGGCUAUCUACCGCUGGAUUGCAUCAUCUGUUCCAACAGCAGCAGCCUCAUGACGUCGGAGAUGAUCAAGUACGGAGAUAAUGAACUGCAAUAUCCGGAGCGGUUGCUGAAUACGCACUACUUCAUCCCGCCGAGGAAUAGGAUGGUGGAGGUUAUGUCUUCCUCGAAGACCAACCCCAAGAUCUUCCCGUUUUUGACGGACCAGAUGGAGAAUGUGGGAUUGAGGCCAAUGGUGGUUCCACCUGGGGUGCAGAGCCCGGGGUUCAUCUUCAAUAGGAUCUGGGCGGCGUGCAAGAGGGAGACAUUGGAGGUGUUGAGUGAGGGAGUGGCAAGGCCGGAGGAUGUCGAUGCGUUGUUUAGGGAUUUCUUCCAUGCGGAGAAAGGUCCGUGUGAGAGGAUGGAUGAGGUUGGGUUGGAUACUGUUUACAAGGUUGGGAAGCAUAACCUGGAGAGGAACAGGGAUUUGGGGGGUGGAGAGGCGUUGAAGUGGCUGAAGAAGACUUAUUUGGAUAGGGGAAUGAAGGGGGAGAGGGCUGGGGAUGGGCUGUAUACCAGGGAGGAGAGGGCGGAAUUGAAGGUGAAGCAUAGGUUGGAGAAGUGGGAGGAGGUUGAGGAGACACAGGGAGCGUGA